AUGGAAACCCGCCCGCCAACAACCAAUCCCUCUGCGAACCCGCCCAGCGUGGAAAUCGCCUACAAGCGCAAAUGCGCCGCCCUCAAGAAGCGCCUCGCCGAGGUCGAGGUUGAAAAUGACCUCAUGCGUACUCGCAAUCGGCGCGGCUGGCAGUAUAUUCAGAAGAUGCGCCUCGAGUCCUGCAUGCUGCUCGAGCGCCUGUCUAAAGUUACCGGCAUGGCCGAGGAAGCACAGUCCGGUGCCGGAGAUCCGGAAUUGCGCGCCCGUGCUGUAGCCAUGUUGUCGAGUGCGUCGACGUUGAACGGCCUCGGGGCUGGGUCAUCGCAGGCCGGGAAUGGCGGAUACCUUGAGGAUGAUACCGAGGGCAGCUCGGAUGAGCAACCUCCCACUCCCGAAGAACGCCCGCUCCGAGUCAAACGCUCGCGCAAGUCCAAUGUCAAUGUCGAGGCUGCUGACGAAGAUACGCCCGGGCAAGAGAACGCCGCCGAGAAUGCCGCUGAGACUGCUGCCGAGAACGCAGACCGCGAUGCCGACAGCUCCUCGCUCCCGCGUCUCGCGCCAGCCCCGAGCCAGCAAGAUCUUACGUCCUCGUUCCGUGUGCAGGCCGACAGCAAUGGAGCCGGUCAUGAAGGCGAGGACACGCCUGCCAAUGGCGAGAAUCGAGAAGAGAAGGACCAGACGCAGGCCAGCGAAACAGGUGCCGAUUCCGGGACCACGCCCAUGGAUGUGGAUGCGAAAGAGCCCAAGGAAGAGGCACAAGGGUGA